AUGUCCACUGAAAGCUUCGUUACCGUGUCUCAAAACUCUGACUUCCCAAUUCAAAAUAUUCCAUUUGGUAUCAUUUCUACCGCCGAGAAGCAAGAGCCACGCGCUGCUACAGCUAUUGGAGACUAUGCUCUCGACUUGUCUGAAAUUGCUAAAGCUGGUUUGUUGAACCAAAUUGCCGGAUUGGAAGAUCCUGUUAAAGUUUUCAGUGAGCCAUCCUUAAACACAUUCAUGUCCUUGGGACGCCCUGCGUGGAGAGAAACAAGAUUAAGAAUUCAAAAACUCUUAUCUAAGGAUGAACCUACAUUAAGAGAUAACAGCCAACUCUUAGAAAAGGCUCUUAUUCCUCUUUCUUCUGUUAAAAUGCACUUGCCAGCACAGAUCGGAGACUACACAGAUUUCUAUUGCUCUCGUGAACAUGCCACCAACGUUGGCAUCAUGUUCCGUGGUAAAGAUAAUGCUCUUCAACCCAAUUGGCUCCACAUUCCUGUCGGCUACCAUGGUCGUGCAUCAUCCGUGGUUGUCUCUGGAACUGAUAUUCGUCGACCUGCUGGACAGCGUCUUCCAGCCAAGGAUGCCAAGGCUCCCGUAUUCGGUCCCUCUGUUAGAUUAGAUAUUGAAUUAGAAGUGGGAUGGUUUGUUGGUACUGGCAAUAAGCUUGGUGAAAGAGUUGAAAUUAAGGAUGCAAAGGAUCAUAUCUUUGGUCUUGUCUUGGUCAAUGAUUGGAGUGCUCGUGAUAUCCAAGCCUGGGAAUACGUCCCUCUUGGCCCCUUCUUAGGUAAGAGCUUUGGCACCACAAUUUCACCAUGGAUCGUCACUUUGGAUGCUCUUGAACCUUUCCUUGUUGAUGGGCCAUCUCAAUCCUCUCCUGAGCCUUUGCCUUAUCUUCAAGAAAAGCAACCUUCCGCAUACGAUGUCAAUCUGAAUGUCGAAAUCAAGCCUGCUGGCUCAUCUAAAUUCGAAACUGUGGCCGUGUCUAACCUCAAAUAUAUGUACUGGUCCAUCACUCAACAAUUAGCUCACCACACAGUCAAUGGCUGUAACCUGAGGCCAGGUGACAUGGGCGCCACCGGAACCAUCUCUGGGCCUGAAAAGGGUUCCUUUGGUUCACUGCUUGAAAUCACAUGGAGUGGAAGAGACAAGAUUCAUUUUGAAAAUGGCGUCGAGCGCUUAUUCUUAGAAGAUGGAGAUGAAGUAAAGAUCACAGGUGAAUGCAAGAACGGACAAUACCGCAUUGGUUUUGGUGAAUGUAGUGGAAAGGUUUUGCCUUGUUUAUACGCUGCCAAUCAAUAA